AUGGCAGAGAUGGAGGAAACCACAGUACCCUUUAAGAAUCUCACUAGCAGAGAGUACCCAGGUCAUAAGAAGAAGGUGCAUUCUGUGGCUUGGAACUGCACGGGCACGAAACUCGCAUCGGGCUCUGUAGAUCAAACCGCUAGGGUUUGGCACAUUGAGCCCCACGGACAUGGUAAGGUUAAAGAUAUUGAAUUGAAGGGGCAUACUGACAGUGUGGAUCAGCUGUGUUGGGACCCCAAGCAUGCUGAUUUGAUUGCCACUGCCUCUGGAGACAAGACAGUUCGUCUAUGGGAUGCUCGUAGUGGAAAAUGUGCACAGCUAGCAGAACUUAGUGGCGAGAACAUUAACAUCACCUAUAAACCUGAUGGGACGCACAUCGCCGUUGGUAAUAGGGAUGAUGAACUAACAAUUCUAGAUGUUCGGAAAUUUAAGCCCAUUCAUAAGCGAAAGUUCAAUUAUGAGGUUAAUGAAAUUGCUUGGAGCACAACAAGUGAAAUUUUCUUCUUGACGACUGGAAAUGGUACUGUUGAAGUACUAGCAUACCCAUCUCUUCGACCAGUUGACACUCUCAUGGCUCAUACAGCUGGGUGUUAUUGCAUUGCGAUUGACCCACUUGGAAGGUAUUUUGCUGUUGGAAGUGCCGAUUCCUUGGUCAGCCUGUGGGAUAUCUCAGAGAUGCUCUGUGUGAGAACAUUUACAAAACUUGAAUCGCCUGUGAGGACAAUAAGCUUCAACAACACUGGAGAGUAUCUUGCUUCUGCCAGCGAAGACUUAUUUAUUGAUAUAUCCAAUGUUCAAACUGGGAGGACAGUGCAUCAAAUCCCAUGUAGGGCUGCCAUGAACAGUGUUGAGUGGAAUCCUAAAUCCAAUCUGCUUGCUUAUGCUGGGGAUGACAAGAACAAAUACCAGACUGACGAAGGUGCAUUGCUGUUUCUUGUUCCAGUAAGCUUAUUCAUCAACACAAGGCAAACCUAA